CUUGUCGUACAGUCCCUUAGGCUUUGAAUCACGGUAUUUGAUCGCUGGCUUUUCACUCCUAAAAUGAAUUUCUUUAGAAAAAGAAAGCAUUUCGAUGAAGGGGAAACAUCAGAGCAACCACCAGCAAAGAAGGCAACGAGGACCAAUCGACUGCUCUCCUGGAUAARGGACAAGUUCAAAAAGAGUAGUCGAGAGCAGCAGACUCCAGCAAAUCGGAGGACUGUCAGAUAUGUAAUGACUCCACAGGAGGCAUUUAGCCCCGGUGCUGUGGCUUCAGAAUUAAGGGGAACCAAUUUUUAUGAGCUGAACUCACAGCUACAUAUUUGUGUGGUUCAAGGUGUCAGUUAUUGUUCUCACUCGUACAAGAGAUUGAUUCUUACUGCAAUAAAAAGAGAGUUUGAUAAUUUCAGGCCACCUGUUGAUCACAGGAAAUACAGGUAA